GAAUUCCCUUGCAAUUCAAUUUUGAAUAGCAAGAGGAUUUCUUCCCCUCGGGAUCCCCGGUCACCAAAUUAGCCCUCACGCUCUCGCUGUCUCGCUUCCUGGCCGCGAAGCUCCAGUUCAGUCUCCGCCACUCGUGCUCUCGUAGCGUAGAGCGAGGCCAGGGCGGGACCAGCGUGGCCGGCGAGAGGGGAUGGCGGGCUCGGCCGCGUACUCUGCUUCCGCUACCACCGUGGUGGCGAUGGCCAAGGGCAACGGCAACAGCAAGGGCGUCAGAGGCGGCGGCUCCGCGGGCACCAACAAGGUGACACGACCUCCUAGGAUUACAUCUAAUGUUAAGCAGAACUUGAGGAUUCUAAAAUUUUGGAAGGAAUUUGAAAGGAGGCAAACAAGUGGACCUCAGCCUGCUACUAGGUACCGCAAAAAGAAAGUAAUAAAAGAAGUGCUUCCUGAUGACACAGACUUCUACGAGGAUCCUUCUUCCACUCUUCACUUGACAAAUGAGGGUUUGGAAAUUGCUUCACCAGUUAUUCUCGUGGAUGGCUACAAUGUAUGUGGUUACUGGGGAAAGCUUAAGAAGGAUUUCAUGAAUGGGAGACAAGAAAUUGCUAGACAAACACUCAUUGAUGAGCUGGUAUCUUUCAGUGCAGUAAGAGAGGUAAAAGUUGUAGUGGUAUUUGAUGCUGCCAAUUCAGGGCUUUCCACACAUAAGGAAACAUAUAAAGGGGUCGAUGUUGUAUAUUCUGCCGACUUAUCUGCUGAUUCUUGGAUUGAGAAGGAGGUUGAAGCUUUGGUGGCAGAUGGCUGCCCAAAAGUGUGGGUAGUAACAUCCGAUGCACUGGAGCAACAAUUAGCUCAUGGAGAAGGUGCUCUUAUCUGGAGCUCUAAAAGAUUGGUCAAAGAGCUAAAGGAAUCGGAGAAGGAACUCGAUCUAGAACUGAAGGAAACCAGGUCGACAUCGUUGCAAGGAAAACUCCUGCAGCACAAGCUGAACCCAAAGGUUGUGCGCGCACUGAAAGGUCUUAGGAACAAGCUUGAAGAACAAGAGCGGGGAAAGAAGUGAACAGGAACCACUGGUUGACAGGAAAGAGAGCAGGUGUACAGAAGUGGCGUUUGUGCGGCCGACGGACAUCAACUAACACUGGAGGCUGGAUCCACUGAAAGUUUGAUGCGAACAUCAUGUAAAUGGAUCUGGCUUCCUUUUGGGUGCAGUCAGUUUGGUGUAGGCACCAUCAGAGCCCUGUGAAAAAUAGAAGCACUCACGCAUGGUAGCAGCUUGUUAUUGUUGUUAGCUGCUGACGCUUUGAGGCAUGUCAACAAGUAGAGAUGGAUUGCAAAUCCUAAUCAAUGUAUAUUACUUUGUGUGUGUUGUUA